AUGACUUCCUUCUUUCUCCCAUUUUUCCUGCUCACCAUCUUCUCCAUUGCUGCAGAAGCUUCAGUUCCUCCUUGCAACACCUUCAUUUUCCUCAACGGAGCAGAAUCCGAACCCCGCACCGCUGAGUACGACUCAGACUGCAGCCUCCUCCCGCUUUCCAACUCCCCGUUUCACCUUUCCUUCUGCGCCACCGCCUCCAGCGACGCCUUCACCCUUGCUCCCAAUCCCUCUUCCUCUGCUGGGUCUGGUAAGCCAGCCGCGGCAACCCCGUCCGCCGCACCGCCACCUUCUUCCUCCGCUCCGAUGGCAACCUCGUCCUCGCCUACGCCGAGGGCCACGUCACCUGGAACGCAUCGCUGGGGUCCAAAUCGUCCCCGACGGCAACACGGUGCUUUAAUUUACGACUCCGCGGGUGAUUAUGUUCGGCAGAGUUUCGAUCAUCCGACAGAUACCCUCUUGGUGGGUCAGUCCCUUCGGGUCGGAGGAUUCGGUAGGGUGAUGGGCUGGGACUCGGAUUUGGAUAACUCGGAGGGUGAUUGUAGCUUGGCGUUGAAGCCCAAGAGACUGGCUGUGCAUCAUAAGAGUAAAACCUCCCCAAAACCCUAUAAGCUUCUUGAGUGGUUAAAUUGGGGAAUCUGGGGAUUGCCGGAUUGGGGAUUAGAGUUAGGGUUUCUCACUUUCUCAAUUUCUCUGCGCUCUGCGCCUCUGUUGAGUGCUGAUCUGCUUCGCACAGUGCACACCCGCAGGCCGCAACUCUCCUGCCUCUCCAUUGGACCAGUGGACCACCUCUCGGAGUCGACAAAUCCCCUCUGGCCUCUUUGA